UCGAAGUGUUGUAGAAAUGGGUUUAUGAGUUCCGAUAUUUCAUAUUUUAUUUCCUAAUGACUUCAAACUUCGUUCGCCCUCCUCCAGCUCCAGUCUUCAACCCAACACUUGAAGAAUUCACUGAUCCUAUCAGUUAUGUACACCGUAUUUCCCCAAUCGCAUUUAAUUAUGGCAUUUGUAAAAUACGCCCACCAAAUGGAUGGAAACCACCAUUCUCAGUUGAUCAGGAAAAUUUUACCUUCGUACCACGAGUUCAGGAAUUAUCUGAUGUUUGUGCAUACAACCGUGUGAGAUAUCAUUUUAUCACAUCCCUUGUACAUUUUUGGGAAGCACAGGAUGUAAAACUAUUCGUACCCCAAAUCAAGGGGAAAAGCGUAGACGUCUACCGACUUUGGAAGCAAGUGAAAUGUUCCGGUGGUUAUUCAACUGUGUGUGAGAAAAAGUUAUGGUGUAAAAUUUGUGAACAAAUCAACUUGCCGACAACUCCAUCUUUCGCUUCUGUCCUAUCUUCACACUACAAGAAAUAUCUUUUGCCAUACGACAUGUUUCUUGCCAGUGAACCUGCAAUGAAUGACCAAGGUGUUAAAUCUACCCGCUCGAAUCAGUUGAACAAGAAGAAGCCAUCGGUUGGAAAAAUGGUGUGUUCUGUAUGCAAACUCGGUAAUAAUGAUGAGUAUCUCCUCUUGUGCGAUGGGUGUGAUACAUUUGGAGCCUGCCAUACAUACUGCCUUGACCCACCUUUAUCUGAUGUACCAAAGGGGAAUUGGUACUGUCGUGACUGUGUGAUAAGAAGAUAUAAACAGUUAAAUAAGUUCGACGCAUUUGGUUUCAAAAGCUCAAAUGUGAAGUACACUCUUCAUACUUUCGGCAUUCGGGCUGAUGAUUUUAAGGCGAAGCAUUUUGGGAAACCUACACAUAUGGUUUCACUUGAAGAGGCUGAGACUGAAUUCUGGCGUUUGGUUAAUUCUGAAGAUACUGAGGUAAGCGUAGAGUACGGUGCUGAUCUGAAUGCUCAUGAACAUGGAUCUGGUUUCCCGACUUUACGAUCAGGAAGAGUCAGUCAGAAAUUAAAACAUUACGUUAAUUCACCGUGGAACCUGAACAACACUCCUUUGUUAGAUGGUUCAGCUCUGAGAUUCUUACCAAGGGAUAUUUCAGGAAUGAUUAUACCGUGGUGCUAUGUUGGCAUGGCGUUUUCUUGUUUUUGCUGGCAUACAGAAGACCACUGGAGUUAUUCCAUAAACUACUUACACAUGGGUGAACCAAAAACUUGGUAUGGAGUGCCGACGAACUCUGCCGAUGCCUUCGAAUUGGCUAUGCGAUCUGAAGUUCCUGAAUUAUUUGUCAAUUCUCCAGACUUACUACAUCAUAUGACUACAAUGGUUUCACCACACAGGCUUCAGGCACAUGGUGUCCCUGUUUAUCGCCUUGACCAAAUGGUUGGUGAAUUUGUGGUGACAUUUCCACGUGCGUUCCAUGCCGGUUUUAAUCAAGGGUUCAAUUUUGCUGAGGCAGUUAAUUUUUGCCCUCCUGAUUGGUUUGAAUAUGGUCGAAAUUGUAUUGAACACUAUGCCCUCUUGCAUAGAACUCCAGUUUUUUCACAUUCAGAAUUAUUAUGUCGUAUGGCUAAAUCGGUUGAACCGCUUAGCAUAGAAUUCUUAACUGUUAUUACUAAACAGUUGGGUGAUUUACUUACCACUGAACGUUGUCUAAGACGUCAUCUAGCUAGAAUUGGUGUCAGGCUUACAGAACGAAUGGUAUUUGAAAAUUCAGAAGAUGAAAAAAGGGAAUGUGAUUUAUGCCGAACAACGCUCUAUUUAUCUUCUUUGGGAUGUAAAUGUUCAGAAAAUAUGGUAUGCUUAGCUCAUUAUCAAAAACUUACAUGUUGUUCACGUGACAAUCAAGUAAUGCGUUAUCGUUAUGAUUUAGAUGAAUUAACUGAAUUCAAGGAAAGAUUACAACAAAAAUUAACUGAAUAUGAAGAAUGGAAAUGUCAACUUGAAAAUAAUGUUUUUAUUUUAAUGCCUAAUAAAUCUGUUAAUUCCAAUGAUAUGACAUUAUCUACUAAUAUGGAUGACAGUAAUAGUAAUAAUAAUAAAAAUAAUUCUGAAGUCAAGACUAAAUUAGAUAAUCACUUGGACAUUCCUAUGGAUAAUUGUGAUAAUAAUGAUAAUGGUGAUAGUGUGAAAGCCUCUUCUGAUACUCCUGUUGCUGCUGCUGUUAAAUCUAAGCUGAAGGAUGAAGAUAAUGCUGAUGAGGAAAAUGAACCUCCUGUGUGUUCAACAUCUUCACAAUCCACAUCUUCGAAAGUGAAACCAGAAGAAGAAGAAGAAAAAGGAGAAAAACGUCAAAAACCAACUUUAUUGGAACUGAAUGAACUCUUAAAGAUUGGUCGAACACGUCAAUAUCCUAGUUCAAUGGUGUCACGUUUAAAUCAUAUAAUCGGUACAAUUAAUGAAUGCGCUUCAGUGAUACACCAAUUAAUUAUGAGUUAUAAGAAAGCCUGUGAAAGAGUAAACAAUAUUAAAAUAUUAGAUAUAAAAUCUUCUAAAUCUGAUAUGACCGAUUCAGGUAAUGAAGAUGAUGAUAGCGAUGAUGAUGAGGAUAAUGAGGAUGAUGAUGACGGAGAGGAGGAGGCAGAAGAUAAUAAAGAUUUGAAAAAGUACAAUAAACAACGUAUACAGGAUAUUUUAAAUUCUUCUGGAUCUAUUCACUCGACUUCAGAAGAAGAAUCAGCUGAUGAGGAUGAUAAUAAUGAUGAUGAUGAUGAUAAUGAUGAUAAUGCUAAGGAUAAUGAAACAAGUGGUGAGGAUUGUCGCAAUUCAUCAGGUAUUUCGUUACGUAGAAGCAGUCGAAGAUUGAAGAAGGACAACAGUGUUGAUGAUGUAGUAAAGAAAGAGAAAGCUGAAAAUAUCAGUGAUGAGCGAACAUCAAAUAAUAAUAGUAAUAAUAAUAAUAAUAACAAUAAUAAUAAUACGAAUAAUGAUAAUAAUUUGAAAACAACUCAUAAAAAUUAUGCUUUACGGUCAACACGUAAGAAUUCCAAUGAAACCUGUUCAUAUCGAACACGAAGUAGUAAAUCGUCUACAGCGAAGGGUCCGUUUAUCUCAAAGAUAACAUUGAAUGAAUUCGCCAGCAUAGUUAAAUUGGCUACAAAUCUACCAGUUGUUCUACCUGAAUUAAAUGAAUUACAAGAUUUUGCUGAUCAUAUCACAUCAUGGAGAAAUGAAGUGCGCAGUUUAUUGGCACAGUUAAAUAAGAAGCUAGAGCUUAACACCACUGAGGAUGUUCACAGUAUCACUGACAUCAAUAUGGAUGAUACUGCCGCUGCUACUACAACAACAACUACUACUACGACUGUCUCUACUAUUGUUGUUAGUAACAAUGAUGAUGUUAACAGUAGAUUAUUCGAUGCAAGCAAAAUAGAACUACAACUUCGAUCUAUUUUACCUUCUGUACUAAAAGUGAAAGAGUAUAUUGAUUUCGCCAAUAUGAUCGAUAUUGAAUUGCCAGAGUUAAACCAACUAAAGAGAGUUCAUGAAUGCCUCAUUUGGUUGGAGGAUGUCGAUAAAAUUCUCAACUUCAAAUCUAAUAACGUUUUUAAUAGUAAUCAAAGAGAAAAUGAUGAUACUGGCAGUGAUGUUAAACCAACUCUGGUGAUACAUAAACCUACACUGAAUGAUGUUUGCAAAUUACAAUUACAAGGGAAUCAAGUGGCUUCAUCUAUCGCUUAUGUCAUGAAUAAUAUUCAUGAAAAUGGUAGCGCGCAUAAUUUUGCUUCACACAGUGUAUUGGAUACAGCGUUAACUGUUCAAAGUCGACGUCUGUUUGAUAUGGUUUCUGCAGUUAAAUUAGUUGAAGAGGGUUUAGAAGCAAUUAUCAAAGCAGAGCCGUGCAGUAUAUCACUAAAUCUUAUCAAAGAACGAUUAACAGUAGCACUGCAACUACCGAUUCAUUUGACUAUUAUUACUGAUGUCCAGGAGAUCUAUGAGAAUGCGAAAAUUUAUGAGAAAAAGUUUAAUUACCUAACAGAUAUUCUACUAAUCAACGAUAACUCAUGGAUGAUUAAAGAAGAAAAAGUAGAAGAAAGAGAAUCAGUGGAACAAGUGAAGCUAUUACAACAAAAACAACAACCACUAAAACGACAACAACCUGAUGAUGAUCAAGAAAUAUCAAUACCUACACAGGAUAGUAAUAAAGAAAAUAUUACCGGAACUGAUGCAUUUAUUGAAGAAAUUAUGGAAGAGAUUGGUUUAGGCUCAUUGAAUUCUACUCCAUCGACAUGGUUAGCAUAUCUCAAUGCCUUAGAAGAGAAAACUGCAAAUUGUGUGGUGAAAUUUCCACAAAUUGAUCCUAUUAAAAAAUUGUUGUCAGAGUUGAAUGUUAUUCAUGAAAAAUUGGUAAAAUUAUUCCUUAGACCAGAAUCAACUCAAAGUUUAUUAGAAGUUCUCUUACCACGAUCAGCAUCUGCUUUAGAAUGGCUUAUUCGUUUAGACGGUGGUCCAGAUCUGCCUGGUUUAUCAUCAUCUAAAGGUGAAGGAAACAAUUGUCCAUCGACUACAUACAAGCGUCAUACACGAAGUCCAAAUUUUCAAGCAUUAACGUAUAGAUCGUUGUGUAAACACAGUGCAGAAGAAUUUGCUAAAAUAUCCAGUGAGAAAAACUGUAGUGAAAUGUAUGAAUCAGUGUACAAUCGUUUCAUUGAUGGUGAAAUCUCAUUGAUGCAUUAUUUACGUAGUACAAAUAUGCGAAAAUCAAGAGCAAAACACCAGGAUAAAGUUGUUUAUUGUAUAUGUCGACAACCGGGUCUAACAAGUUUUAUGCUUCAAUGUGAAUUAUGUCGUGAUUGGGUGCAUAAUAUAUGCGUGACACUUCCAUCUUUAAAGGAUUCAGAAACUGAACGCAUGCGAUAUAUCUGUCCACGAUGUGAAUGUAGUCUCAGACCAGAUUUGAAACAAGUUCUAGAACUUCUUGUAGAACUUCGCGAUCUUACAAAGCUCAAAAGUGAUUCAAAGCAAUAUCAAGCAUUGAAUAAUAAUACUACGAGGAAUGCUAUUAAUAUGGAAAACAAGUGUACACAAGAUCUAUAUUUCCAUCAAUUCCCAGAAUUUGUUGCAGUUCAACUACUCUGUGAUCGAGCUAUUUCAUUUAUCAAACAUAUUGAAAAGUCGAUAGCGUCCAAUAAUGAACUGAAACAAGCCUUAGCGGACUAUGAGCUUUUCUCUAACAUGACAAUGCCUUCAUUCGAUUUGAUGGAGGAAGAUAUUAAUGAGGAAUUAAUUAAUUCCUCGGAUGAAAACGAUGAUGUUCCAGUCGAGUGUAAAAAGAAAUAUCAGCGUGUACGCCCCAUAUCUCCUAGUCGUAAUUCAUCGUCAGUUGAUCAUGACCGUUCUAUAUCUGCUGCUGGUGGUGUUCGAGAUUUUAUUCCAAAGUCUGUACGUAAUUAUCGUGAAGCUGAUAGGAUUAAAGCACAACCACACAAUCGUUCAUAUUUAUCUACAGGCAAACCUCGAGCAGGGAUGGCUAUGCCACUGAAGACACCAUGGAAACCAAUGAAUUCAGCCGCAUCAACGGCUGAAACACAGAUGUCUCGUAAUCCUGAGGAUAUUCGUUCAACAUCAUCCUCGUCUUCAUCAUCAACUUCAAGAUUGCCUAAUAAUAAUGUUGUAGAACCAUCACAUUUGUCAGACUAUAAACAAAGUCAAAGAUCUCGUCUAUUAAUGUCGAAUAGCGGUGAAAAUAAUAAUAAUAAUAAGAAUAAUAACAAUAAUACUAAUAAUCGUUUACGAAUUAAUUCUGGUGAACAGAAAGAAGCCGAGGCGGCUGAAGCAUUAGCUGGUUUAUCAGCAUCACUGAGCAGUAGUAGUAGUAAUCCACCGCCUUUGAUGAAAAAAGAUCCAGCCACUUUUAAACCGACAUUUAAGCAACGAUCUUAUGGCAGUGUUAAAGUAGAUGGUGGUGCAUACAGGCCAUUGAAUAGUCGUGGAAAUAUACCUGGAAAGAAGUUGAAUCCACACGAUAAUGGAUUUAGUUCACGUUCAAAGGAUCGAUCUGAUUCCAAUUAUUUUCAUAAGUCUAACUCUAGUCACGUUUUAUCUUCGAAAAAUCACCAUCAUGAUUCUGGUUCAUCGAAUCGUCUUAAUCAUUCACGUGGAGGAGUAACCAGUGAAAGUGAAUCUACAAAAUCUUUAACAUGCUUACAGUCAACAAGAAGAUUCUUUUUCCCCCUGCCUUCUGAAGCUCGUAGAUUAUUAGAAAAAUUAAUUAUGGAAGCGUGUUUACUUGAAGUUCACUUACCACAAACACGUUGGUUAUGGCAAUUGCAUUUAGCUUCAGAUCAAGAGACAGCUGCCUGUGGUGCACAUCAUCCAUCUGUUGCAAAGAUUGAAGAAGAACGCCUGAAACGUCGUAUUGCACGUCAUCUUGAACAAAUCAGUCAAUUAAAGCUGAAAACAAUUGAUCAUCAAUCAAAACCUGGUCGACGUAAACGAAAACCUCCUCCUAGUAUUACAGAUAAUUCUGGCAGUGUAGAUACAAAAGUGGAACAAUCAGAUGAUAGUAAUGUUUCAUCGAGUGAAAAAAGUGUACUGCAAAACCGUCAACAUUGCACUCCUGUGUGUUCAGAACCUGAAGAGAAACAAAGCAGCAAUUCAACAGUUUCUGAUACAGUUUCUCGUGUUGUCACAUCUGUUGCUAGGCGAAAGCCAUAUCGUCCUCGGGGUAGUGCACCAGAAGUGGCUAUUGCACGGCGAUAUAAAUUAGGCAGACCAAAACGUGCAUUACCUGUCCGAAGCUAUCGAUCAAUUCAUCGACCAACUCAUGCUAUCGGGUAUAGAUCUGUGCGUACAGAGGGACAGCAACAGGAGUAUGUUUCUAGUAUACGAGAUGAACUAGAGCAUAAAAUGCACAGAAUUCUGUCGACUAAGAACAGUAAAUUGCGAGGGAACAAUCGUACAACGAAUCUGGGUAAACAGUCAUUUUUGUCUUCUCGAAGAAGUGGGCGAGUAUAUCGUGGUGAACGCAUGGUACGUCGACCGUUUGUAUGCUCACACAAUGACUAUAGUGAUUCAUCUGUAAGUGAGGAACACAUGGAUACUGUUGAGCCCACGUUAAAUGACCAGUAUUCAUCAUCGAGAAAUGAAUCAUCAGAUUACUGUAAAAUGAUGUUGACCGCCAAUCAUUCUAAUUAUAAUUCAGGAAUGGGUGGUAAAAGAUCAGAAUUUCGACCACAUAAACAAGAUGAACGUCAUUCAUCUGUAAGAAAUACAAAUGAAAGUGAACAAUAUGAUGAUGAUGAUGACGAAUCUGCUUCAGAAGAUCAAUUGUCCAAUAAUGAAGAUGAAAGAUGUCCUGCCAGGCCUUGUCUUAAUCCACGUACUGGUACGGUGAAAUGGGUCCAAUGUGAAGCAUGUUGUCAAUGGUAUCAUCAAAUCUGUGUUGGAAUUCGUCAUCAAUAUCAGCUUCCUAAAACAUACUAUUGUCCUGCUUGUCAUCCCCGAUCCUCUGUCACCACCACCACCAAUACCACCACCGGCACCGGCACCACUGCACUUGCUCGCCGGAAACGACUAUCCGGCAGUGGAAAUGUUAGUCGACUGUCCAGUAGACAUUUCCUUGUCAGGACCUCAUCGAAACUUCAUAUACGGAAAAAUUUGACUGGUUGUUACACUGGCAAAUUAAGUCAACAUUUAUCUCGACGUCCAGAUAGUUGGACACGUAGACUACAUAGAUCACCACGUUUGCCUAAAUUACAAGCCUAUGGUGAUCGUAAUACUCCUAGUCUGGCUGAGGAUGAUGAUGAUGAUGACGCCGAGGACGAUGACUCAGAGGAUACAAACAAUUAUGUUGACAAUCAUCAUCAUCAUCACAGACAUGUUAAAUCUUCAGUGAAACAGUCUAUUCCAGUAUUAAAAAAUGAAUUAAUCGAUAAUUGGGCUGAUAUAUCACAAAGUUCUGAAGAAUCUUCAAUGAAACAUCCUGUUAGUUCACCGCAUGGAUCAUCAUCACACCUAGAUGAACCACCGGUUAUUGAUGCUUAUGAACCUGUUCCAAAUAAUUAUGGGAGCACAGAGACGACUGAAACACCGAAAGGACCGACUGAAGUUCUCCUAGAAGCAUUAGAUGUAAUGAGUAGUGGUGAAAUUCAUUCAAACAAUUCUGUCUAGUUAACAAAACAAAACGAAAGCAAAAUUAUCCUCCAUUGUUUUUGUG